AUUAAACGUCAUUUCUGUUCGAUCAGCGGUUGGAAUGGUACCUAUAGAACGCUUGAUCGGAAUUUCUCGAAUUGUAUGUGAAUAAUCAAUUACCCAGUCUCAUUGAACAGUGCAAUCAUGGAUGUAGAAGAAUGUCUGAAAGAAUGGGAGGACCUAGUAACGGAUUACAAGCGUUUAGAGUCCAUCAACAAAGAUUAUGCAGCAAAAUUAGAAGAAGUAGGCGAACUGCAGGCAUCAUGCAUGAAGGAACUGAGCCACCAGAGAUAUCGCAUGUCAGUUAUCACAGGAGCACUCAAAAGGCUAGAAAAGAAAGGCGUAACAAAAGAUGAGCGAGUGGCGACGCUGGAGAAGGAGGUCAUGAAGAGGAAAGCUAUGCUGCAUGAGAUAGAAGCCACACUGCCCAAGCAGAACAGCCUGUACCUCCGGAUCAUACUCGGCAACGUUAAUGUAUCUAUUCUUAACAAAAAUGACAAGUUCAAGUACAAAGACGAAUAUGAAAAGUUUAAACUCAUUCUCAGUGUCAUCGCAUUCGUGCUAGCAGUUUUAAAUCUCUAUAUCGACUUCAGACCACUCCAACUGAUCCUAAUAUUCCUCUUGGUCUGGUACUACUGCACGCUGACCAUCCGCGAAAGCAUCCUCAAAGUCAAUGGCUCAAGGAUCAAGGGCUGGUGGCGGCUGCACCACUUCAUCUCCACGGUGGUGGCGGGCAUCCUGCUCAUCUGGCCGCAGAACGUGCCCUGGAGCGAGUUCCGCCACACCUUCAUGUGGUUCAUUGCCUAUAUCAGUGUAGUGCAAUACAUGCAGUUCCGCUACCAGAGCGGCGUGCUGUACCGGCUGAAGGCGCUGGGCGCGCGGCACAACAUGGACAUCACCAUCGAAGGCUUCCACUCCUGGAUGUGGCGCGGCCUGUCCUACCUGCUGCCCUUCCUGUUCGGCGGCUACGUGUUCCAGCUGUACAUCGCUUAUACGCUGUACCAGCUGAGCUACCAUCCUGAGGCCACUUGGCAGGUCCCAGCGUUAAGUAUGUCGUUCCUGCUGACGGGCAUCGGCAACACGGCCACCAUGUUGCGGGUCAUUCCGCAGAAGUUCAACGAGCAGGUGCCUUACCUAGCGGCCAUGUUUCUAGUGUUGCACAUUGGCAACAUGUACACUAUUCUGCGUACUAUGCGGAAGAAAACUAAGAGCGGCUUGAAACUGCGGUACAGACUUCGCGCGAUCGCGUACCGCCUGUCCAAUGAGCUUACCAUAUUGGAACAAAAGUGGCGACCGAAUAAAACGGAACAAAAGACAGAUUGAGACCUUAACUCAGAUUAUUUACAGGAGCCAUAUUAAGUAUAUCUUUUAUAUUAGGAACAAUGAUAACAGUUUAUAUUUUCAUAUUAUCAUGGUGAUUCAUAUUAUAUAAAGAUGCUGUUAUAGUGAUAUAUAAUAAUAUCUUUAUGUUGUAAAUACAAUUAUAUUCAAUAUUA